CCCUGCACGUUUUGCUGCUCUCGGUUUGAGGAUCUUCCGACGAGGAGGACCACGCCGCUCUAUAAAAAGGACGCGCGCCCUGACGCACCAACAGAUUCCAGCCGUAGUCAAACGGGGGAACUUGCAAGAACAAUGAAGUGCUUCAUCAUUCUGUCCGCUGCCGUGGCGCUGGCCGCCUGCGCGCCUCAUCCUAAUCUGAUUGCCAACCACAACUACCACUGGGCCGCGCCCGUGGUCAGCAGCCAGUACCACGCACAGGAUGAAUUGGGCCAGUACAGCUACGGCUAUGCCGGCGGCCCAUCCGCCAAACACGAGGUGAAGACCUGGGAUGGUGUCACUCGUGGUGGAUACUCUUACAUCGACGCCAACGGCCUCGUUCAGACCGUCAACUACAUCUCCGACCCCGUCCACGGCUUCAGGGUGGCAGCCACCAACCUGCCCCUGGGACCUGGCUCCGCUCCUGCCCCCGUCGUCGACACCCCUGAGGUGGCCGCCGCCAAGGUGGCACACGCCGCCGCUCACGUCUCCGCCAAGGUUGCCGUUCCCGUCGCCGUGGCCGCCCCCGUGGCCGUCGCUGCCCCCGUCCCCGUCGUCGACACCCCUGAAGUGGCCGCCGCCAAGGCCGAUCACCUGGCCGCUCACGCCGCUGCCAAGGUGGCCGCCAUCGCCGCUCCCGUGGCCGUCGCUGCCCCCGUCGCCGUUGCUGCCCCCGUCGCCGCCGCCCCCGUGGCUCUGGCCGCCCCCGCCGUGCACGCUCCCAUCGCCUACGCACCCUACGCUGGCUACGCUCCUGCCUACUCGGCCUUCAACUGGGGAGUGCCCGUCGCCAGCAGCCAGUACCACGCUCAGGACGAGCUCGGCCAGUACAGCUACGGCUACGCCGGCGGCCCGUCGACCAAGCACGAGACCAAGACCUGGGACGGCAUCACCCGUGGCGGAUACUCCUACAUCGACGCCAACGGCAUCGUGCAGACCGUCAACUACAUCUCCGACCCCGUCCACGGCUUCAGGGUGGCAGCCACCAACCUGCCCCUUGGCCCUGGCAUCGCCCCCGCCCCCGUCGUUGACACCCCUGAGGUCGUGGCCGCCAGGUCUGCCCAUUUGGCCGCCCAUGCUGAGGCCAAGGCACGCGUCUGAUCAAAAUUAUCUCGCUGAGCACUAACUGUAAUUAAUCCUUUUCCAAAGACGGCGCCGUCCGGCCGCUUGUCCGCCCCUUUGCACAAAUUUUUGUAAUUUUUCCCGUAUCAACCCGCCAAGCGGCGGAUGAUUGAGCGGACGGUGCCAAAUAUCUGUCAUCUCUCAUCACCAGUAUUAUUGUUCCUGCUGGCUGAACUUAAAACCUGUAAACCGGAUAUUAAGUUAUUUGUACGCCACGAAAAAAGAGAAAAAUAAAUCCAACUGAUGGACAAAAA